AUGGAAAAGAUUUUAGAAUAUUUGGAGCCAAAAACUUUCCACAGAGUUCACUAUGUGGGCGUGGUUUUUUGGAUCCUGAUCAGUGUCCUCUUCUUCGCCAUAUUCGUCGACAUGGAAAACAGCGAGCCCAGGUUUGAUUUCCGCUGUGGCGGAGCGAAGAGUGAAAACGUCGACAUCGUCCGUGGAAAAUGUUACGAGAAAUAUAUGAAGCAGUACAACAAAUUCGGUUUUCCUGUCUAUGGCUUCGUAAUCAUCAAUUUGCUCCUUAUUGCACUUGUAUGUGCUAUUUACUCCCAAAUAGUGAAAUCGAAAGUCGAUCAUCUGUCGCGAGGCAUCCGUGUCGGUGAUCAAGAGAGACAGCUGCUCGACCAAGAGACUGCGUCAUCAACUGGAAAAAAGCUUUUUAUCGCUUACUGCUGUCAACUAUCGAUAAGAAUUGUUUUAGGAGUUAUUUUCAUCAUCCUACAAACUCGGUUGCUUUAUCCUUUAAAGUUUUCCUCUGAGUUUAACUGUGAUUUAAACGGUGGAACUACUCAGCCAAGGAAUUCAUCUGAAACCGCCCAAAACUCUACUUUACACGACUGUCACAAUCAACGGGCGGAUAAGAAAGCAUUCUGGAUGUACGCUGUCCUUGCGGUGAAUGGAAUUCUUGUUGCUGGCAUUCUGGUCGAAACCGUCUACCUUUUAUCACGGGCAUGCAUUGAAAGGAGUUUCAUGCAAGACUCAAAGUUUCUAAAAACCCAUCUCAGCCAACACCUAGAUGGAAGGAACGAAACUAUUCCACUCACUGAAAGACACACUGAACAACUCCAAGAAAAAAAGUUUCAAGAGUUCAUUCAACGCAAAAAGGAAAUAAUUAUUCAGGAGACUCAAGAACUUUUAGAACUACAAUCACCUUUUUCAGGUGGUCCAGGCGACGACACAACAGUUAAAAAUUUGACUCUCGAUCAGAUUUACACAAACCUUGUGGUUAUCAAGAACAGAGCAACGUAUGAAUUUACUGAAAACCGAGAGGAGUUACUCAAAGUUUAUCCAAGGUCACGCGACAAAAACUCACAAAUGAAAAGCCCGGAAGACCUUCUGAAUGUUGAAAACAAGAAAGUUUUAAUCGUCGGUCGACCCGGAAUCGGCAAGACAUUGUGUUGUAUCAAACUCCUCAGAGACUGGGCAUUGGAUAAAGUUUUCAAAGCGACAUCAGAUACCAAAAUCCAUUUUGAUGUUGCUUUCUUCGUAAAAUUCAGAAGAUUCAACUCGGCCGACGACCUCAGCCUCAAGGAACUGUUGAUUAAGUCCGAGUAUUUCCCUACACAUCACAUGGAUGACGAGGUCUGGAAUCACCUCCAAAAGAACCCUGAAGGUGUUCUCAUACUUUUUGACGGAUUCGACGAAUUCAAACACGGCGAAAACAUACCCGUGGCGGCCACUCAUCCCAGAAGCAUUGAAGAUAAAAAGCCGCUCCAAAUCCUUUAUCAGUGGCUUGUGACCGGGAAACUUCUUAAAGAGGCUUCAGUGUUAACCACAACGAGAUCUACGGCUUUGUCGGGCAUGAGACACCUUUCGUUCUCCAAAAGGUACGAGAUUCUAGGAUUCUCAUCGGAACAAGUUGAAGAAUAUGUCUACAAAUUCGCCGGAGAUGAAAAGGAAGCAGGUGAAACACUAUGGAAACACAUCAGCAGCAACAUGAAUUUGCUUUCGCUUUGUUAUGUCCCAGUAAACACCUUCAUUAUGUGUACAAGUCUAUUACAAAUACUGCAGUUCGACAGUACCGCUGGUGUUACCCUGCCUUCCAAAUUAACAACGAUUUACAAGGUCGCAGUGAAAGUGUUUUAUUUUAAACAUACAAAAGAAUACCGCGAUAAUUUUUUUAUUCGCGAACAUUUAGAAUCAGAUGAUUUGCCCUUGGCUGUGGAGAAGAAAUUCGAGAAACUAGGAAAAGUGGCGUUUAAAGGAAUCAACGAAGGAAAACUUAUCCUUGAAGGAAACGAAGUACGCGGAAUGGAAGACAGCGCGCUUUUUCACCGCUUACCCGACCGUCAAACUGACCCGCUUAAUCCUGAAUCACAAUACUGUUUCAUUCAUUUGACAAUGCAAGAGUUUUUCGCUGCGAGACACCUGGCAAACAAUAUGAGUGAAACAGAAUUAAGAAACUUUGUUUACGAGAACAUUAAGAACGGCAAAUGGCAGCUGGUUUUUCAGUUUCUGGCAGGACUCAUGGAGCAUAAAAAUCACCUACCAAGCGAAAUUAUCACUGAUCUUCUCCCAGUAAAAACUGAAGAAAAAGAAAGCAAAUACUACCGUGACAACAAAAAGUGGUGGCACGAGAAAAGGAAAGUGACCUGCUGGCCGACUGAAGACGAAAAAUAUUUAGCGGUGACGUUAAUUAAAUGUAUAAACGAAAAUAAUAGUAUGAAGAUAGAAGCACAGAGAAAACUUCAACAAAUAAACUUUAAUUGUGCAAAUUUUAUUGAUGGUCGCCUCACACCUGUUGAUUGCUCUUCGUUAGUAAAUGUAAUUAAUGUUCAACAGAAUUCAUAUUUAGAUUUGACUCGCAAUAACAUUGGUCCAUUAGGUUCUUUUGAAAUUUGCAAACUGUUAAAAUGUAGGAAAUCUCAGCUGAGCUGGUUAGACCUCAGAUACAAUCAGUUGACUGAUGAAGGAGUAAAGUAUUUAGCAGAAGCCAUCAACAACAACAAAAAUUGUCAGCAACGCACGUUAGAUCUUACAGGAAAUAAAAUAUCAGCCAUUGGAGGACAACACUUGGCUGAAGCCAUUGGCAACAACAACUGUCAGCUAAACACGUUAAACCUCUGGGGAAAUAACAUCUUAGACAUUGGAGCACAGCACUUGGCGGAAGCCAUCGACAACGACAACAAUUGUCAGCUACGCACGUUAAACCUCUCAGAAAAUAACAUCUCAGACAUUGGAGCACAGCACUUGGCUGAAGCCAUCAACAACAACAACUGUCAGCUACACACGUUAGACCUCUCAAGAAAUAACAUCUCAGCCAUUGGAACACAGCACUUGGCUGAAGCCAUCAACAACAAUAACCGUAAGCUACACACCUUAAACCUCUCAGAAAAUUACAUCUCAGACGAUGGAGCACAGCACUUGGCUAAAGCCAUCAACAGCAACAACUUUCAGCUACGCACGUUAAACCUCUCAAGAAAUAACAUCUCACACAUUGGAGCACAGCACUUGGCUGAAGUCAUCAAUAACAACAACUAUCAGCUACGCACGUUAAACCUCUCAGACAAUAACAUCUUAGACAUUGGAGCACAGCACUUGGCAGAAGCCAUAAACAACGACAACUGUCAGCUACGCGCGUUAAACCUCGCAAGAAAUAACAUCUCAAAAGCAGGUGAGCGACGCGCACGUCGUUUACUAAACAAGAGUCAGUCUAAAUGUUGGCUACUUCCCUUGCCCUGUGCAAUUCCAAUUAAAAACUGA